UUUUAACAUGAAAAUGAAUUUCAAUAUUUACGGAAGGAUAUGUAUACGCAACACACUAAGGAUAAACUGUAACAAAGGAUCAGCAGACUAUAUAAACUCCGCAGAGCAUCAUUUUCUCAGUCCUCAUAGAAUCUUCGCUCACAGCAAUAUGAAUUAUCACGAGUGUAUGACAAUUGUCAUAGUACUAUCGUGUAUCGGUAGUAAUGUACUUGCUGGACUCCUACCGGGAGGUGGUGAAAGUGGUGGGUAUCAAUACAGACCAGGUAGCGGAUUCAAUGAUAGAUUCGGCGGGGUAGGUCUUGGCAGAGGUGGUGACUUCGGUGGAUCAAACUUUAGAGAUAGACCUGCUGGAUUAUACGGAGCACCAGCUUUCGGAGGGGAUGGUAAUCGUGGCGGUGGUGGUGAUUUUGGAGGACCAUCUUCGACUUAUGGGGCACCUGGAUUUGGUACCGGUGGUAACAGAGGAUAUCAAGGUGGUUUUAACGGGGAUUAUGGAAGGCCUCAACCAUACAAUUUCCAAUAUCAAGUUUAUGAUCCACCCAGUGGAAAUGAUUAUUCCCAACGCGAAAGUAGCGAUGGAAAUCUUGUGCAAGGAGAAUAUAGAGUUUUGUUACCCGAUUCGAGAACUCAAAUAGUGAAAUAUACAGCUGACGAUGCAAAUGGUUAUAAUGCAGAUGUUCAGUACGAAGGUCAGGCUCAAUAUUCACAAGAUGGCAGAUAUGGAAAUAAUGCUUUUGGAAAUGGAAACAUUGGAAGUAAUCAAUAUUUACCUCCACGUGGAAAUUAUCGCAAAUAAAUAAGAUUAUUUACGUUAUAUUGAUGUACUCGUCCAAGCUUGAGCAACAACAACCACUAUAGACCUCUUCACUUCUGCAAUUUUUUAUUUAAUCGUACAUAUUCAUGUCAUCGUUCAUAGCUAUUUAUGUAAUGUAACUAUGAAAUAGUAUAAUUUAUUACGUAUACAUAUACGUUAUAUAUACAUUUAAUUUUAUACACGAUAAUAUUAUAAUACAAGAAAUACAUAUUUGCUUACCGCAACCCUUGCCCUCCAACGAGGAAUUCUGCAAUUUAUAUAUAACUAUCUAUGUAAUUAUAUAUAUAUUUGUAGUAAAUAACGAAUAUAUAUCUUUUAUAAUCAUCUUACCAAAAUUCGUAUCAACUUCAUAAACAGAUCCAUGAUUCUUUUUUCUCCUCAUUUUUAUUUAAUUGAUGGAUUUACCUAUGUCAAUUGGCAUGACAAAAUUUGCACAUGCAAGUGCAACAUUGUUUCCAUUUGCACAUCAUAUAUAAUAAACAUAUGAAACGUAUUAAAAUUAAAUAAAGAUUAAAUGGGUUAUUUAAAAUAAAAAACAAAGUAAAAAUAUAUGAGAGUAUUUUUUUCUUCAAUUCUUUUCUUUUAUCUAUUUAAUGAUACUCAUAUUCCGUAAUGAUGUACAUUUUUGUUAAAAUCAAUUAUUAGACAUACUAAAUAUAAACUAUUGUAUAUUAUUAUUUGUUAAUUAUAAAAAUAUAGUUCAGGAAAGAUUGUGUAACAAAAUUGUUACAGUUUCGAAAUGAAACAUAUCGUCGUACAUUGAUUAAACAUUUUCGUCCUUUAAAUAGUUUAUACUAUUAUGCAAAAAAUAAUAUUAUAUUUUUUUAUUUUUUAUAUGAAUAGCUUUGAAUUCAUUUUGUUUUGUUCUGUUUCUUACACGCAGGUCAUACAUCCUCCGGUAUUUUCAAAUUUAAAAAACAAGCUCCAUUGUUAAUAUUUUUUUGAUCAUUAAAUAUAACACACACUAGACUAUUUAUGGCUGUAUGUUGCCAAAGCUUGUGUAUCCAUUUAUUCACAGUAGAACAUGUUUCUUUAAUGUGUUCAUCUUCUAAUUGUUUUUCCGUUAUUUUAACAUGACAUACAAUAAAUUCAUGCUGCAAUGCUAUUUCAGAGGCUCGCGUUACUGCUUGCUUGUCAUUAUCAGCUACCACCAGACGUAUCUAUAAAAAAAAAAAAAAAAAAAAAGAAUAAUCAUUAAGAUAAGAAUUUAUAAUAAUGCUCAAAUUAUUUGUGUCCUUAAUUACACAAAUUUCGAAAUUACCUGAUCACCCUCAUUAUAAUUUUCAUCAUUUUUAAUGUUCAAUGAACAUGUUUUGAAAUACUUGGAAUAUUCAUUUAUAAUUUCAUCAGUACCAAUAAUAGUUGCAGUCCUUUGAUCUUUAACUAUAUAAUUAAAUAUGGAUAUAGCAUAUUUAUCAAUUUGUAAUUUUUUCAUUUUUCGUUGAGAUAUAAUUUGAUUACCAGUUUCUUCUGUUAAUGUAUAAUCAUCCAAAUUUUCAGCUAAUACAGAUUGAACACUAUCUCCAUAAUGUAUACUAUUAGCUAAUUUUAACUGUGUUAAUUUCAUAGAGGCUAUUGAAUCUUCUGUUGAACAAUGUCCAUUAUCGCUUUGUUGUAUAGAUAUAUCUAAAAAUAUUUUAGCUAAAACUUGUAACUUGGUUUUUCGAUGUCUGCAAAUAAAAAUUUUUUAUAAAAAAUUUUUAAAAGACUGCAUACAAUACAUCAAUGAUAUUCCGUAAAAAUGUUAAUUACCGUACGCCGGUAAUAUUAAAGAUAACAGAUGUAUCAAUGAUGUAUGGAUGCAUCAUUUUUAGUGUAUGUAGGUCAAAAUUUAAACUCUGUCCUACAAGGAUACAAUCUGCAGGAAGUAACAUUUUUAAUGUUUCUUGUACAUCUGUUAACGUUGUAGUAACAUUACUUAACAUUUCUUCUGUAAUACCACUGUAUUGAGUCAAAUAAUCGAUAAUCUCAUUAUCAGGUUUAACAAGAGUCUCAUAAACAACCUAUGAUAAAGAUAAAGUAUGAAAUUGUUUAAUCUUUUAUAAUUCAUAAGUACAACUUACAUUAAAGCUUUCGUUAACAAGAGAUAUUCUUGUUAGUUCCAAAUUUCCAGUAAUUGUUUUACACAUUUCACAAUCCAAAGCGAACAUAGGUGAUUUUGCAGUUACCUCAGUGUAAUUAUCUUUUGUGAAAACGUAGUCACUAUAUCUAAAACGCAUCAGCAGUUUCAUAUGAUUCUGUAAAGCUAUAUUUCAUUUAAUAUAUUAUGUAAAAUACUAUAAUAAAACUUACUUUUUCCAUAGUUUUCCUUUCAGUGGUACUGGAUAAUUUUCUUCAACCAUUUGCUGUAAAGACAGUAAUAAUUGUGUCCUAGAAAAUUUAUCAGUAGGAGGUAGAUUAUUGUCUCUAUUUGUAGAAUUUGUUGUAGUCAUAUGCAUAGGGAACGUCUUUUUUAAUAACUGUAUUAUAUCAGUUGUACUUUGUAAUGCAUUCUUUAAAGAACCAAAUUCUGUAAUAGGAAUAGUUUGUAUAUUUAUAUAUUAUAUGAUAUUUUCAUUUAGUUUAAUUAUUAUAUUUAUAUUAAUUCAUUGUAAAUACGUUUAAUUAAUUUGUCACUUUGUGUCCCGGUUAACGGAACUGCUACAAGUUCUUCUAUUAUAGAACCAUUAUAUGCUGCUGGUGUCAUCAUUUCGAAAUGCAACUCCAAAUUAUCUUUUAUAUGAGAAAAUAUGGUUUUAUAAGUUAUAAAAUGAUCUAAUGAAAGGCCAUCAACUAUAAAAACUAUAGUAUGUGUGACCUAUAAAAUGAUCCAUAAAAAAGAUUAACUAUAAAAUUCAUUAUAUUAUGUUUUUCGAUCUUUUUGUUUACCUUGUUAUAUUUUUCAAGUCGACACCAUUGUGGUAUAUAUGGUGAAUGAUGACCAAGUAAUGAAUACAAUAACAAAUGUUGUAUAUCUCUGAAAAAAAGUGGAGUUCUAUUUGCAAAUUCAAAACCAGUAUAUAACUUUGCAUUCAAACCAGCUGAUUUUAAUAGUAUUCGAGGUAUAUUUUGAAGUAUUUUCUUGUUUUCUUUUAAUUUUUUUUUUAACUCUUCAUAAUCGUCUCCAAAUAACCUGUAU